GGUGCAGCGAAAUAUAGAACCAAGUUCAACACAGAAUGGGAAGGUUCAUAUCCAGUUAAACGUGUUCAAAGCGAUCCAUAUUCGUUUUGGUGUGUUCCUUGCAAUAAACAUGUUCGGUGCGAUCACCAAGGAUUAAGAGAUGUUAAAGUCCAUUGUGAAAGAGAAUCACACAGUCGAAAACAAGCACAGUUUUUCGCAGCAGCCAGAUUUACAUCAACAGAUGUCAUAAAAGCAGAGGUAGUGGUUACAAAUUUCUUGAUACAACAUAAUUUACCAAUUGCUACAGCAUGGCAUCUUGGACCACUCUUCAAAACUAUUUUCCGAGACAGCAAAAUUGCUCAGUCAUAUGCCUGCAGUGCAACAAAAACAGCUGCAAUUUACAUACAUACAUACAUACAUACAUAA